GUUACCCGUUAUGGUUAGGGGGAUGCCGGGUCGAGCGGCAGAUCAUGGCAGGCGAUGACGUAGCGUUGCUUCGACGCCAGGCACAUUCCACACUUCAAAGCCACGACAAGCUUCCCCCUUUGCGUCUCCUCAAUUGAACCAAAUCACACAGUACACUCCUCAUUACAACUUGAACACAACAAAAAUUCCUUCAACAAGCUAGCAACAUGGACGUGUACUACUUCUACAGCUACGGCACCGCCGCCUGGUUGGCAACCCAAGCCGCGCCGCUCAUCGCCAGCCCCACGAUGAUCGUAGCGCUGCUCUCGCCCGAAGUCCGCGAGGCCACGACGCUCGAAGUCUACUUCUCCCGCACCCUCGGCUUCACGCUACUGACCCUCGGGGUCCUCACCGUGCUGCUCACAGGCUCUGUGCCGCUGAGCAGCAGCCUCGCAGAAGGCGUCUCAACAGACAAGACGGAUCCCAAGGCGCCCUACGCACUCCCCACGCUGACGAUCACGGCGCUCUUCCACUCGGCGACGGCGUUCUACUGCUACGGCCUGUGGACAGAGACGGGCGUGUUCUCGUUCGGGCUGGGCAGCAUGGGCAGCGUGUUCCUGGGCGCGGUAGCGCUGUGGUGUAUCCUGUUUGCCAGCAGCAACGGCAGGAUUAGCAGGAAGACGGGGGCCGACAAGCGGACGAGUGGGUUUCCAUUCAAGAACAGCGAGGCAGACAAGAGAAAGGGCAGGUAGAGGGUUGGGUGACGAUGGAGCAGCGUGGAUUUGACAGAGGUAUUGGUGAUGGCAUUAUGGCAUUACGGCAUUAUUGAUAGUGGGGUGUAGACUGUUGAAAGUAGUGGACAUGGCUCCAGGCUACGCGAAAUGUUCCUCCCUCGCCUCGACAGCUCCACGCAGGCAGUGAUUCCUAGAUGGCUCACAGGCUUGAUUCCUAGAUGGCUCACAGGCUUGAUUCCUAGAUGGCUCACAGGCCUGAUUCCUGGAUGGCUCA